CGACGUUUUGUUUCCACAAGGUAUUAUAUAUAUUUUGUUUACUAAAGAAAAUUUGUUCUUGUUUAAGCAACCGCUUAUUUUGAUUUAGUUUUUUUGGUGUUGAAGGAUUUAAAGGCCAUGUCCAAAAUAUGCCGUUAAAGAUUAUACCUUCUCUUCGAAUACCUUUCCUCCUAUCGAAAUGUUUGUUUCCACACGUUUUGACAUGGGAUGUACUUUAUUAUUCUUUGGAAAGACCACCUUUUUUGUUGGAUAAUAUUGCUUUUGAUUCUUUUCCAGACGUUUUUUCUUUUGCUGACAAGUAA